GGUCCUCGCCAUUCUAGGCCCGCCCCUUGCCGGACGGUGACUGUGCUGUGUGGGCCAGGCGGCCGCCGCUGCUGCUGCUGCUUCUCCUCCUCCUUCUUCUUCCUCCUCCUCCUCCUCUUCUUUUUCUUUUUCUUCUUAUUCCCUUCCUUCCUUCCCUCUCCCCCUUCAGCCAGUCAUCACCGGUGAGCGCGACAUGGCGGAGUCGCCCGCUCUCCCCACCUCGACAGCCCCAGCAACAGCCCUCCAUGCCGCCGCUGCCGGCUCCCAGCGGCUGCUCUUCACCCACGACCUGGUGUCAGGGCGGUACAGGGGCUCGGUGCGCUUCGGCCUGGUGCGCGUCAUGCAUGGCGAGGACUCCGACUCGGAGGAGGAUGAGGGUGGACGAGGCCCCGGCGGCGGCGGCGGCGGCGGAGGAAGCAGCGGGGGAGGCGGCGGCGGCGGCCCAGGGGGAGGCAGUUCGGGUGGUUCCGAGUCCGGAGGCCCCUGCGGUGGGGAGGAGAGCCGCGGCAGCCCCCUUCGCCGCGGAUACGUGCGAGUCCAGUGGUACCCGGAGGGCAUUAAGCAGCACGUCAAGGAGACCAAGCUGAAGCUUGAGGACCGGUCGGUGGUGCCUCGUGAUGUCGUCAGGCACAUGGGCUCACGUGACAGCCAGUGUGGGACAGUAAUUGAUGUAAACAUAGAGUGUGCAGUAAAACUGGUGGGGACCAACUGUAUCCUUUAUCCUGUCAACAGCAAAGAUCUUCAGAAUAUCUGGCCGUUCAUGUAUGGUGACUGCAUAGCCUAUGAUUGGUGGCUAGGAAAAGUGUACGAUUUAAAGAAUCAGAUCAUUCUGAAGCUCUCCAAUGGUGCCAGGUGUUCUAUGAGCACAGAAGAUGCAGCAAAGCUCUAUGAUGUCUGCCCACAUGUCAGUGACUCAGGCCUCUUCUUUGAUGACUCAUAUGGCUUUUAUCCUGGGCAAGUUCUCAUUGGUCCCUCAAAAGUCUUCUCAAAUGUGCAGUGGCUUUCAGGAGUGAAGCCUGUUCUCAGCACGAAAAGCAAGUUCAGAGUGGUGGUGGAAGAGGUGCAGGUGGUGGAAUUGAAAGUGACUUGGAUCACUAAAAGUUUCUGUCCUGGAGGUACAGAUAGUAUAAGCCCUCCACCAUCUUUAAUUACCCAAGAGAAUUUGUCUAGGGUAAAGCGUCUGGGAUGCUUUGACCAUGCAGAGCGGCAACUUGGAGAAAGAUGUCUAUAUGUAUUUCCUGAGAAAGUGGAACCUGCAAAAAUCACAUGUGAGUGCCCAGAGAGAAACUGUGUUCUGGGAGAAGGAUCUGUUACCAAAAAGAUGGCCUGUCCUUGUUUCGUAUCCAACGUAAAGCCUGAAAAGGUGAGGAGAUUACUGAAGAAACAGAUAGUGAAGAUCAUGUCAUGCUCCCCAGACUCACAAGGUACCCUUGACCUCCCGGAAGGAGAGUCUGCUGCAGCAGGUGACCAACCAUCUGAAGAUCCUAAAGCCAUCUCAAAAUGUGAACGAGAGGACUCUGCCAGUGGUGCUGUAAGCUUACAGGAGGUAAAGGAAGAGCACCUCGAUGAAACAGGGAAAGGGGUUGCUUGCAGAGCAGCUGGGCUGCAGCUGCAAGCACCUUUUGUACUGAAACGGGAUGAUGGCUCCUCAGACUACAAGCUGCAGUCAACAGAACAGGAUGCAGAUGAUGAGGCGGCAGAUGACACUGAUGACACCAGCUCCGUGACAUCUUCUGCCAGUUCCACAGCUUCUUCUCAAAGUGGCAGUGGCACAGGGCGUAAGAAGAGUAUCCCACUCUCCAUCAAAAACCUCAAAAGGAAACAUAAGAAAAAGAAAACCAAGGUUUCCCGGGAGUUUAAGCCAGGUGACAGGGUUGCUGUAGAAGUGGUGACCACGAUGACUUCAGCCGAUGUGAUGUGGCAGGAUGGCACGGUGGAGAAAAACAUUCGCUCCAAUGAGCUAUUUCCCGUCCAUCACUUGGACAACAAUGAGUUUUGCCCUGGAGAUUUUGUGGUGGAUAAAAGAGCACAGAGUUCUCAGGAUCCUGGUAUGUAUGGAGUGGUACAAUCAGGUGACCAUGUUGGCCGCACCUGUGUAGUGAAAUGGUUCAAGCUGAAGCCCAGUGGGGAUGACGUUGAGCUGAUUGGAGAGGAGGAGGAUGUGAGUGUGUAUGACAUUGCUGAUCACCCAGACUUCCGCUUCCGCACUACUGAUUUUGUGAUCCGCAUUGGCAAUGCCGAGGAUGGUGCUUCAGUUGGUGAAAAUGAGCCCUCUGUGGGUCAGGUGGCUCGUGUGGAUUUCAGCAGCAAAGUAGAAGUUGUGUGGGCUGAUAACUCUAGGACAAUUGUUUUGCCACAGCACUUGUAUAACAUAGAAUCUGAGAUGGAUGAAGAGACAGACCUUGAUUCCAUAGAUGGCAGCACUAGCGGUGCCUCCUCAGAUGAAUGGGAGGAUGAGAGUGAUAGCUGGGAGACGGACAAUGGCCUCAUGGAAGAUGACCACUCAAAAGCAGAGGAAGUUGAGCCUGAGGAGCCACCUGUGGAAGAGGUGAAAAAGGUAGAGGAGCAAGUACAAGGUGCUGUGGCAAUGGCAGUGGCUGAUUUGACAGCAGAUAAGUCAGGCAAAGAAGGGACCCCAAAGAGCUUCCGUGAGUUAAAGGAGGCCAUCAAGAUCUUGGAGAGCCUGAAGAAUAUGACAGUUGAACAGCUGUUGACAGGUUACCCAACUUCUCCAACAGUAGAACCUGAAAAGCCUACCCGGGAAAAGAAGUUCCUGGAUGAUAUCAAGAAGCUGCAGGAGAAUCUGAAGAAGACCCUGGACAACGUAGCUAUUGUGGAAGAAGAAAAGAUGGAGGCUAUGGCAGAGGCAGAGAAGAAGGAAGAGAGAGAGGCACAGACGCAGACACCAGUGACAUCAGAAUGGCCUAGCGAGACUCCAGUGCUGUGCCAGCAGAGUGGAGGCAAGCCUGGAGUUACAUUCACCAGUGCCAAGGGGGAAGUCUUCUCUGUGCUGGAGUGUGCCCCAGAUAGCCAUGCCUUUAAGAAAAUGGAAUUCCAGCCUCCAGAAGCCAAGAAGUUUUUCAGCACAGUGAGGAAAGAAAUGGCUCUGCUAGCAACCUCAUUGCCAGAUGGUAUCAUGGUCAAAACCUUUGAAGAUAGAAUGGACCUCUUUUCAGCAUUAGUCAAAGGACCUACUCGCACACCGUAUGAAGAUGGCCUCUUCCUAUUUGACAUCCAGCUCCCCAACAUCUACCCAGCUGUCCCCCCUCUCUUCCGUUACCUCUCCCAGUGCAGUGGGAGACUGAACCCCAACUUGUAUGACAAUGGGAAAGUCUGCGUAAGCCUUUUGGGAACAUGGAUAGGCAAGGGCACAGAGAGGUGGACCAGUAAAUCUAGCCUUCUCCAAGUGCUCAUCUCAAUCCAAGGGCUUAUCCUAGUAAACGAGCCUUAUUACAAUGAGGCUGGCUUUGACAGUGACCGGGGCUUGCAAGAGGGCUAUGAGAACAGCCGGUGCUACAAUGAGAUGGCUUUGAUCCGUGUGGUGCAGUCGAUGAUGCAGUUGCUACGCAAGCCAGUAGAAGUCUUUGAGCAGGAGAUCUAUGAGCAUUUCUGCUGUAAUGGUUGGCGCCUGGUCCACCGCAUUGAGUCCUGGGUGGAGACAAAUGAGCUGGUGGAAAGGAGUCAUGACCAUGCCAGCCUGGGAGAGUCUUCCUUUGUGCAUUCAGCAUGUAGCAUUUUGGCCGAGAGCCCUGUAGACAGUAUGGGGCCCUUGGGAGAGCAAGAGUUAGGGGCUGCUGCAGCAGCUAGCCAGUUGUCUGAGAGCAAGGAGGAGCUGGAAGACUCUGGUUGUGGAAUGUCAACACUUGCUGCUAGUGACACCCAUCAAUAUUCAGACUCGGAGAGCACGGGCCAGGCCAGAGCAACACACUUUGCCAGAGACCCAACAGAUGAGGGUAAAGCUGCUCAAGACUCUGUUGCUCAGCCUAGUGUGAAACCAAAGAAAAGGAGAAAGAGCUACAGGAGUUUUCUCCCGGAGAGGAGUGGCUACCCUGACAUUGGUUUCCCCCUCUUCCCACUGUCCAAGGGGUUUAUAAAGAGCAUCCGUGGUGUCUUGCAGCAGUACCGAGCUGCCUUAGUAGAGGCCAACAUCCCAGAGUGGACAGAAGACAAAUAAAACAUCAGGUUAGGGACAGACAGAUGCACAGAAAAGGAGGAACAAGGAGGGAGAAAGUAGCAACAGUUGUUAACAAUAAAUAGACUCUCUCAGUGCACCCUUUCCUCCUUGGCUUGGUUUGUUAUAGAGAAAUCAGAAGCUCACUUUAGGCUCUUCUACCCCCUUCCCACAUUCCAGAUGCACAGGAUGAUUGAAUACCUCUGCACAGGCACACGCACACACCAUGUUCCCCUUUUCAGCUUGAUCCUGAGAGGACAGGAGCUCUGACCUUUCCAUUCCAGACCUGGUGCAAAGCUGGAAUUGGAUCUUCUUAACUCCUGCUUGUGUAAUGGCAGUCCCUCUUCCCUGUGUGAUCCUCUUGGGUGCUAUGGCUGGUUAUGAUGCUUUUGAUUUAAGCCUAGGGACAUCCUUGAUUUAUAUCUUGAGAGGAAUAUCUAUUGCUGUAUUAUUCCUCUCCACUUUGUGACCUAAUGUCACUAAAUCUGGUCAGUUAAUAAGCACUGAAUUGCUCACAUUUUCACCUCUGUAUCAGUUCUCAGUUGUUUCUUGAUUGGUUCACUGCUUACCACCUCUGUAUGAGCUAAGGAAAUAAAUUCCCCAGAAGUUGACGUAGGCUUGGACUUAGUGCACGAGAGCCGCAAAGUGAUAAAUAUAAGCUGUUUGUUUUUCCUGACAAGUGUAAUCCCUUGGUGAGCCACCUUGAGACAGGAGCUAACUGCUAGGUGAGCUGCAUUUGAUGCAGUCAGCACUCAGAACCUUCUCUUUGGCUUUCUGAGGAUCGCUUGCUGUCUUGUCUCAAAUGUACAACUUCUUCUGAACAGCAUAUCUCUUUCCACUUUGCGUUGAAGGGGAAUAGUGCAUAUAGCAUAGUCUUCUCCUCUGCUGGAUACAUGAACACUCUGAUGCCAACUCAUCUAUGUACACCAAUGUACCUCAGGAUGGCACUUGAACAACUGCAGGGUGCAACCCACACUUUCCAAUUUCGCCUUUCACUUACGUGUUUGCAAAGUGGCAGCUCUGCCUGACUUUGUAUCUUCAUGAACUUUAUCAAGUUUAUAGCAACAAGCCUACAUUCUGAUAGACAAUGGGUGUCUCUUGUUCAGUGUCCUUAAGUAAAAUCACAUCCUUUAAUGUGCAACACUGUUAAUUCCCAUCCCCUGUUCCUAGACUUUGAUUCCACUCCUGUUUCCAUGUGGCAUGACCCAGUGAUACUGUAACAGAGCAGGCGUUGCAGUGGGGCCAACCAUGUAUUUCUGACAAAUCACGGCUGGUGAUAUAUUCAUAUUCUUGCAUCCUAGAUGAGAUUACAAUCUGCUUUUCAUUCAGUGUACUCCCAUCUUUGCAUGGCAUCACAUUUACCCUUGUGCUUCCAUUUCUCUGAUAAUGACCUAAAUGCCCCUAUUUCAUCAUCCCAGUUGGAUAAUCUAACUGGAGACACUGAAGAGGAUGACACAAAUCUUGUGUUUACUCAGAUGUUAAUGAGUUAGCCAUUUUAGUAUUGCAGAUUAAGAUUUGAGAGAUAGUGGUUCUCUAGUUUGGAGGUUGCAGUAUGCAAGCUUUUGUGGCCAAGCCAAUCAUGAAUCAAAAGAGGCCAUGCUUGUAAAAGAGCAGCCGAAGAAUUAAAUUGACCAUAGUACCGUUUGAGGAUAGGAGCAAGAAAGGAAUUGACGGGGAAUCUGUUGUCUGCAUUGCCAGACACUCUGUUAAUUGUGUGAAAGGGCAGACGGGAGGGGGCUGUGUCUGUUUCUGUGUGUCAUCACAUUCUUCAUUCAGAUGUGGCCGUGGCUCCUCUUCUCCCCAGGAGACAGGAACUUACCAGCCACAUAUUUUAUUAUGAUGAUAAAUUUUUAAAAAGCAGGCUUUUCAAAUCACCAGUCACAUAGCUGUCCACCCUGUUUUGUGAGGUGGCUACCCUUCCAUUUUGAGUAGAUUAAUAAGGUGGGAGGAGCCACAGAAUAUAGGGCUAACGGUGCUAUGGACUGCAAAGAGCUGAGCCACAAGAGGACUCCCUUUAUUAGGGUGCAAUUGAGAGCUUUGUGUGAAGCUAUUUUAAGGGGAGAUCUUACUUACUCUUUUGCCCUAGGGAUCUGCUGCCACCUUUGAAUCAAUCAAGUGCUGUCCCUUAUCCUUGCUGUCAGCCCCUACCAGAGGCAUGCACAGAGGUUUACACCUUUUUUCUAUAAGCUUUUGAAUAAUGUGAAGCUCUAGGUUAUGCAGUUGCUAGUGGGCGCACUGUGCAACUAUAACUCUCUUUUUUUGGUGUAUGUAAUAGAGUGAAGAGAAAUUUCCAAGAGACAAAUGCUUACAACACCCCAAAAAGCCAAAGCAUGAGGCAUAUUGCUAGUCUUGAGAUGGGCUACAUGAUUGUGAUGUAUAAAUUUAAAAUAUCUGUUAAGUGCUAGGGAGGGAAGGGGAAAGAAAUAUUACAAAAAAUAAAUUUCUAGCCUUCAUUCUGUACAGUAUUUAAAACUAAUGGAGCUGUCAUAUUGGGCCAGUGCUUAGAGGUGUGUUACUUUUGCAGCUGUGAAUGCUUGGUUGCUUACAAUAUAUGUAUAAAGUAUUGUGUGAUUAAUCUUUUUUUACUUGCAAACUUUGUUUGGCUAACUAAGAUGUAGUAAUAAAAGAAAGAAAGUGGCUUGCCAUUAUGUUUUGCCGCUGUUAAUAGAUUUGCUUGUGCUUGCUCGGUCUCUUGUGAGAUUUGUAUAUCACUAAAAUUCUGUUUUAACCAUUAAAAGGGAUGUAGGCAUUCCUGAAGAGGCUGGCCAAGGAGGUGGCUUCUUUCCCAGUCCAGCUGUUGUAUGUCUUUCCUGAGGAAGAUGGAUCAGUCCUGUUGCUUGUGAGCAGCUACCUAUAUCUCCCACUUGGAAAGCUUCCAUGGGAUCCUUCCCUUUGAGACCAAAUUCUCCCUUGUUCUCUUGACCUAUGUCAGUGUUACAUUCCUUUGUGAUGUGUCAGGAAGCCUUGAGCCCAUUUGUGCAGACUUAGGCAGUGACUGUAUUCAGCAACCUCACUCUGUUAGUUGCAGUGUUACUUUGCACAGUAUCAACAUACCCUUCUGCCACCAACCCCCAGUGGUGGGCUUUACCUAAGGAAACACAGUGCUAGUUCCCAACAUCUGUGUGCCCAGAUGUUCCCAAUGUUUAUGCAUGGUGAGCAUGCCUGUUUGUUUGAACUGUUUGUAGGUCCCCCCUCUGAAAACAGUCAGGCAAAUGCCUCAGCUGAACCAUAACAACUGAAAUCUAAGUUGCUCAGUGGGUGGGAGGGAAGGAAGGAAGCUGAAGGAAUGUUAGGAUACAGCAGGCUCUAUAUACAAGUAAAUCCUAAUGCCCAACUCUCAGGAUUUUCUUUCAUGGUCUCUUCCCCCCCUUUCCCCCUAGGCAGCACAGAAAAUAAA